GGCAGGACUUCCUGGUGACGUGCUGUAACAGGGCUCGAGUUUUACUUUCAAUUCCUCGGUGUCUUAUAUGAGCACUUCUUGUCAGAGAAGAAAAGAAAUCGCGAAUGCUGAGCUGGCAGAGUAUGCGAGAGGGAGAGAGGUACAGGGGGAGGGUGGGAAGGAACUGGUUUAUUUCUUAAAGGCUGCAAUGGAGGCCAGCCUGACCUGUGCGGUUUGUUUGUCAAUUUUUGAGAAUCCCACCACCCUGCCCGUCUGCUCGCACAAUUUCUGCAAGAAAUGCAUCCUGGAGUGUGUCACCAAAUCCUUCUCGUACGGCCUGGACUACAGCAGCAGCAAUAACAACAACAUCUGGAAAAACAGUCAGCUUGAGUGUCCCCUCUGCAGAAAGAGCAACUUCAUCGCCGAGGGAGCUGUCAACCUGCCCGGCAACACCACCUUGGCCGAGGUGGUGAAACUUUUCCGCUCGCAGCAGCAGGCGGUGGGAGCCGGCCGCGAGCAGGAGGAUGAGGAGCUGCCGUUGGUGGUGGGCAGCGGCACGCGGAGCCUCGGGGAGCGCGAGCUCUGCCAACGGCACCCGCACAGGAAGCUGCAGCUCUUCUGCAAGGUCUGCAAACAGCUGGCGUGCGGCCAGUGCGUCUCCGAGGAUCACCGAGGGGUCUUCCACGCCGUCAACUUGGUCGACAUGAUCUACCAGGAGGAGAAGCUUGAGUACUUCAAUAACCUGAGAGAAUUGAGGCAGCUGAAUAACAGAUUAAAGGUUGAAAUUGCAGACACCCCUUCAGAUUUUGAGUACAUUUUAGACUAUGAGAAAGAAGUUAUUAAAAGUAAGAUCGAUAGGAUUUUGGAGAAGGUGGAAUUGAAAAGAAGGCAGUUGGUUGAUGAGAUUGAGAAGAACAAAGAGUGGAAAGAGCGUGAACGUAAAGCUCAACUAGAAGGUAAACGAACACAGAAGAAAACAAUUGAGCAGUACCUGAAGGAGUGUGAAAAAUUAGUGAAUGAAUGUAAUCCUGUCAAUUUUCUGAUGGUGGCCUGUGACUUAAAUGAAAGGGUAAAGAGCAACCUUGCUAUCAUCCUCCCUACUUUAGAGAAGCGCGAUGAAUUGACUUGUCUGCAACCACAUCAGUUUCUUAUAAAACCAGUGUUGGAUAGUAUCUCUGCACUCCAAUUGACCAAAGAUGCAACAAAUCCCAGUUUGGGUACUAACAAUACUACAAGUGAAUUACGCACAGAUGGCUACCAAUUUAGAACUACCUUAAAAAUGUGGAAGCAGUCCAAGGAUUUUAUAGAACCAAAGUUUACUCCAGAAACUAUUAUUGAAUACGGCUGUCAUGACUAUCUUUGGUGUAUUUCUGCAAAAGAAGACUAUCAGGACAUAAGUUUAGAGGAACUACGUUACAAACACUAUCAAUCCUGCAGAAAAGACUGGAACUGCUUUGUGACUGAAGGAUAUUCUGAUAGUGAAAAUGGUCUAGAGCCUUCAGUGUCUUCAGUUUCUACAGAGCUGUGCAAAACACCUGAUGGAGUACAGAAGCCUCAUGUUAAAUUGUUCAGUUUUGGUCAAUCGUUUAAAAAAGUAAAAAAGAAAUUCCGUGGCAAUGUGUAUGUGCCUUUGCCUUCUAAUUCAAGAUCCGCUACAAGUAUCCGAUCAGUUUCAAACUCGGAGCUGUUGUUACCCAGUGAAAAAUUGUUUGAUGUGGGAGAUAUAAAGCAAAAACACGACCCUGUUCCUCCUUCAUCAGUUCAGUCUGAAACUAUCUCAAACAUCACAAGUACUGUCGACAGUCUGCCAACAGCAGCGGUAGCGGCAUCUCUUGCAGUUACUUUGAGUUCAUGUACAACAGUGACGAGCUCUGACAAAACAGAUGAACGUCAGCAAAAGCCAUUUACCUCCCAUGCUCUUGGUUUUACUGCAUCUAAGUGCUUCAGCUCACCAUCUGAACAAAAAAAAUCCAGUAUUUCAAAAGCUGGUGUAAGAUUCCUUAACCGCACAGUCACCUCUGGAAGUUCACCAUCAUUCAGUGGGUUUAUGUUUGGAAAUACCCUAGCCAACAAAUCAGAGGAUCAGCAAACACUGCCAAUAUCAACAGGCUUCUCGUUUGAGAAGCUUAAUUCAUGCUCUGCUACAAGUAAUUCAACCAGUAGUUCAACUUCUGUGUUUCACAGUAAAACUACAUGUGAGUCAACUGGUAAACAGAUGAAGCAUCAAAAUGGCCAGACAAGCAGCAAUGCAUCAUCUACUUGCAUUAGUAAAGUGCUUACGGAUUCAGUUGGAACAUCAUCCUCUUUUCACUUCGGGAAGGGGAAAGAACAGUGUUCACAAGAAAACUCACCAAAACCUAAUUCGUUUGGUACUUCGGGACCCUUGAAUGAUCAAGUCAAGCCAGUGACGACAUUUUCCUUCUUCAACUCUGGAACUGAAACAUCAGGUUUUUCAUUCAAAACUUGUCCCAGUAUAACAUCAACAACCAAAUCAAGUGAAUUUUUAAGAAACCCAGAAAGUUUAGCUUGUCUCACAGGUUCAUCUGUUGGAAGAGAUGUAACUAGCCCAUUUAAAUUUUCACAAGUACCCAGAAGUGAUGUUCCAACUUUUUAUCAAAAGCAACCUUUGUCAACUACAAGCAGAUCCACUACACCAAGUUUUGAUUUUAAAUUAGCAAAUUCUAGUAUUGUCACGCCUGCUUCAUCUUUAUUCACUUCACCAUCAUCAAGUUCCUCAAUUCCAAACCCAGCACUGAAUGAACAAAGCCUUGUGACAUCUCAAAGUGGUGUUGGGCCUUUGAAACAUGUUGCUAGUUCUGCUGAAAAAUCCUCUGUUUUCUCCAGGACCAAUUCAAUUGUCUCUGAUUCUGUGGUUUUUCUACCUGUCUUCGAUCAAGAACCCAUUUCCACAAUCACUAAGCAGCAGACCACUGCAACAUUAGACAGUAUUACUAUUGUGAAGAAACUUUCAACCUCAGGAUUGUCAAUAAAUGCUGAACCACUUGCUUUAAGAAACUGUAAAGGUUUAACUCCAAUCACGCCUCCAGUUAUUGCAAGUGAUGUACCUGACCUCUUCGCACUUACCCAAGUGUCCGUGAACGAUGUUCCAAAUUUGAAUGAAAAGCCAUUUCUGUCAACUGUAAGCAGGUCAAAAUCACCAAGCUUCGAUUUUAAGCUAGAAAAUCCAGGUACAGUCGUGUCUGCUUCAUCUUUGCUUGCUUCAACAUCAAUUGUUUCAAACUCCUCUAAUUCCUCGUCAUUAUCAAUUCCAGUUGCACAAAACAUGCUGCCAACUCAAAACAGCAUAAAGCCAUUGCAACUUUUUGCUAGUUGUGCUGAAAUGUCUUCAGUUUGCUCCAGGGCAAAUUCAAUUGGCUCUAAUGCUGUAACAUUUACAACUAAUUUCAAUCUAGGUUGCACACCAACAGUCAGUCAGCAGCAGAGCACUGUUAGGGCAGCUGAUGUCAAAAUGAAUGAAAUACAAACAUCAGAGGCAUCAAUAUAUGCUGAAUCAUCUACGCUUAAUGGAGCACAUUCAUUUAGUUUGAAUUGUGAGGAUCCAUCACUAGUAGUAAAUCAGCAGAGUUCUGAUAAAGUGUCAACAGAUAAUAGCGUUGAAACCCACAAACUGAAAGAAACUUUGCUGGCUGAAACGUUAACUUCUCAACCUGAAAUAUUUCACAGGAUCGAAUCUGCUAGCUCUGGCUGUGUGGAUUUUGCAACAGGUUUCAACAGAGUGCUCCCUUCAAUCAGUCAGCAACAAAAUCAAGUUGCAUUCAUUGAUGAUUCAGCUAUCAAAACCUGCAAAACAAAAACAUUUGAAGUUCCUGAAUGUAUGCAACAAUCGGUAAUUGGGAAAAUCGCAGUUCCUCUCUCGCAACUUAGUAAUGCAACACCUAACUUUGAAAAUCCUUUGGAGAGAUGUAAUAGUGAUAUAGAUGAAGAAGGCAAAAAGCCUGUAAUUUUCAGUGAUCAAGGCUGCAAUGUUUCUGAAAACCAAGGUCAUUCUAAUAAUCACCAGAGUUCUGCAGUCGCCAGUGAGAUAGAACAUCCAGAUAGCUUAACUGCUAAAGAGAGCCCUUCUCUUAUUAGAAAGGGAUGGACAAAUAUAGAAACACUAAAUUUGUCACACACAGGAGAUUCUGCAUGUAUUCCACAACCUGUUGCAUCUAAUGCUGGUAGUUUUGCAGAAGCUAAUAAUGAUAAUGCACAAGAAGAUAACCAGAGAACAGCAAGAGAUUUGUCACUUUUCACUGUUGAUUCUCUCGUGUUUUGCCCAAUAUUUAAAUUUGGUGCAGGUAGUGAUUUCCAAUUCACACUGGGUGCAAGUAAGCUAACAAGUUCUACAGGACAGCAAGAGAAGAAUGAGGGUGAUUGUAAAACUGCACACAAACCAAUAUUCCCAUUCCCUCCACCAGUUAAUCAUCCAGCUGCUAUCCCAGAUGCAGAAAAUGUUCUGUUUUCUAAUAGAGGAAAGCUGUACUGCUUUGAAAGGACGUCCUUACAGUGGAAGGAGCGAGCAUUUGGAGAAAUCAGAGUUUUAGAACAUAAAAUAACAAAAUUGUCAAGAUUCGUAAUGUGGAACGCCACUAAUAAAUGUUGCGCCAAUCACUGGAUCACAAGAGACUUGGAACUGAAGCAUGCGAAAACCAGUAAUCAUAUCUGGACUUGGCAUGCAUUGGAUUAUUCCGAGAAUAAGCAGGUCCUUUUAGAGUUUGCCGUACACUUUAAACUAAAAGAAAGGGCUGAGAUGUUCAGACAAGUCAUUGAGAGAGUGCAGAGCUCAACUGAGAUCGCUCGGGUAACAGAAAAACAUUUGUGCAGUUCUGCAGAAAUUAAAAGGAAUGAUCAGAAUAGAAAUGAUGGUCCUGCUUCACUUGUUAGUGUAUCCGAAUUGGAAAAAGGAGGAAAGUUUCUACGAGGGAUUGAAGAACAGGCAGAAGAUGGAGAUGAUGAUGUGGUGAUGCUGAGUGAGGUCACACCAACUUCAGAGCAGAGGGCUCUUGCCUUGGAACUGUUUCUUCCACCAACUUUCUUCUGUUACAAGAACAGGCCAGGUUACCAAAGCAGUGAUGAUGAAGAGGACAGUUUUGAGACAGCAGUGAAGAAGCUUUACCCAAACUACAAUACAUUAGUUUAAUACCUUCUCCUGUGCCUUGAAUUGAAUUUGAAGAGUGCCAAGGAUACUUCCAAGUACUGAGUGGAUCAAAGUUGUGUUUACUUUUGUACUAUUCAUAAAUUAAAGUAUUUCUCAUUUGUCUGUAUAGACUGUAAAUUAUUAUUUCUCAAUUUUUUGCUUUAUCAGUUGAUAUGAUAAAAUGUUGAUUUUUCUACAACUGGAUUCUCUCAUUACUCAUGCAGUGGUACCAUGUGCUAACUUUAGUUUUAAAGCUUUUGAAAUGAAUUAGUUUUAUAUAUUAACAUAAAAGAUCGUAUGUCCAACAAGUGUUUCUGUAGAAGUUUGAGACUGGAGUCUUGUUCUCUUCAGCUUGAGCAUUAGUUAUUGGGCGUCCCUAGGCUUUGGAGCAGAUCAUAGUGCACUUUCCAGCGUGGAUUACUGAAUACCAAUCUGAAGCAGAAAACAUGCCUGAUCUUCUCUUCCCCUUCAUCCUGAUAUCACCAGAGGUUAAUUAUGGAGCCUCAUCAUUGCCCAUGCUAAGGCCAUCCUGAUAUAUAUGAUUCAGUAUCGCUCUGGCUUAUUAGGAGGAUUGUUAACACUCUGUUUUCACUGGUGUUAGCUUUUUGUGGAAUUAAAUGUGUACACUCUCCUUUGUGGUAUUCUGGGAACAAAUUAUUGAAUUCAGGGUAAAUAAAGGCUCAGGCAAAAUUCAGUGCUAGUCAGUAACAGAACAUUAGUACUGCAGAAAGCAUUUCAUUCUAAUCAUGAUUAACAUUGGAAAGGAAUUUUACCAGUCCUGACUUAUACAAAUUUAUGCUAAAACUUUCCUUAGUUUGAUAUCAAACAAGCACAAUCUUAAACAGAUUUUAUAAAAAGAAGUGUGAUGAAAGACAACAUUUAUCGGAGGCUAAGGUUAAAGUAAGAGGAGCAGGAUCCAACAUUACAUGAUCGAGAUGAACUUCAUUGCAUGUUUGGAAAUGAAAAGGUAAAGUACGAUCUCAUUGCUCAGCUAUGUCUGAUUUAACUUGGGAGUUUUAGGAAAAUUGAAUAAAGUUCUAGUUUUGAGAAGCAGGGUUGAAAAUGUUAGUUGCACCUCCUGGGCCUGACAAGAGAUUAUAAGAUUAUUUAUUGUAUCAAAACCAGAUGUGAUAAAAAAAAUUUUUUAAAAAAGGUGGAACAAAUUUGAUCAAAUAAUCAAUUACUAAUAUAUCUACUGUACAUAUUUAUGGUUCAUGUGAUUUGCAAGAACAUAUUUCGGUUCUUGUGGCAACUCAAUUCUGGGUUAAUAUCUGCAAUAUUUCUACUUUAAUAUUACGACUUGUCAGAAUUGGUUCAGAAUACUCUGGUCUGACCCAUCUGACUGACAAUAUUUAGUAAAGUGAUUUUUUGUUCUUAGAAAUUAUUUUAUUGAUCUUUGACAAGAGUCAAAAUCAAAUAGAAGUCCCAACCCUGUAUGGGGAACAGUCAUCCACCAGUCAUUAUUCCUUAAUUAGCAAAUUAGUAACCAGAAAGCAUGUUCAUUUUCUGAUUAAGGAAGGCAGGUAUGAUCUUGAAGGUAGAGGACAAAUACAUGGUCUUCAGUUUACAUUUUUCAGAAAAAAGUGCCCCUCCAGUUCCAUCUCUGAACAGAAAUCAGAGCUGCCCAAUUACCAGAUCCCCUUCACAGGGCUGACUGUGCCUGAAAACUGAGCACAGAGUAUUCAACUACUUCACUUGUGUCCUUCAGGGAAGGGAAUCGCUCUAGAUUAAAUUCUAAUCCAUAUUAUUUGAACACACCGUGUAAUCCUCUCAUAUAUUGCUCUUUUGGAAAUAAGUAUUGUUAAUUUCUCAGUAACACAUAAAUAUUUAGCUUGAGAAUGAAAACUUUAUACAAACUACACUUAUAUAAAUCCCUUCCCUUGACCAUAAUCACACAAAAUUGACAUUGAACCAAAGAAGGAAGCAUUAGAACAGAUGACCAACCCCUGGUCAGAAACCGGUUUUAAUGAGCACCAGAAAAGAGAAGUCCAGUGAAGAAUUUCAGAACUUGGGGCUUGCUGAGUACACAGCGACCAAUGCUAUGGCACAGUAAGUCCGGGAUGCUCAAUAAGUCAGAAUUGGAGAUACAGAACCUAUGUAAAGAAUCCAUUUAAUAGAUAUUUGCAUGUGUAAGGCUUGUUCUUAGCUUUGGAACACAAUUCCAACAGUGACAAUACUUCCAGGAAAUAUUCCUGGGAAUUGAGGUACAUUGAGACAAACAUGCCAGUCAGACAAGUUCAGUCAUGGGGGCGAUCUGAUAUCAUCAUAUAAAUGUGCAUUGAGGGGCCCAGUUUGACACAUCAGACUGGAUCUUCCUCCACUGUGCUCCAUAUCUGACAUGUCAGUAGAAACAGGUAAAUACGAUAUUGAUGCCUCAGAUAUCCAAGCAAUGAGACAGGUAUUUCUAUAAAUGAAAGUGCUUUUCCCCUUCAUUGAUUGAUUUUAUAUUAACACUUACAGAGUUUGACUUUUGCUGUAUCUCAGGGAUGUUUUGGUUGAGGGAAAGUAACUUUAGCAAAUUAUUUCAUCCUUGUAUGUUUAAUUUUUAAUGCACUUACAACUCCUCAGGCAGAAUUUUAGUUACUGUGCUAACUGCAGAAAUGUGUGGUAAGAUUGCAAGGCUACUUCAUGAUUGUUACUUUAGGAUGAUAAAUUAUUUUAUAUCUUAAAAGCAAAGGUUUUAUUUGUAUUUGUGUUGAGUGCCAUCUGGGUUGGUGCACAUACUGGCUGUAUUAUUAGCACAGGCAAUAUCAUUGA